AUAAUGCUUUUCAUGCCAAAAUUCAAAAGCAUACACCAGCUCCUGCUUGUCCUACUUAUAGUAUGGACUGCCACAUUCUAUUAUCACGAACGAUAUACUCCUUCUCAUGUCAUACGGAAAUGCCAAUGGCCGAGCAUAAUAUCAGAACAGGACGUUGAACCCCCCAAAACAAGCCGUAUGUUACUUGUUGCUGAUCCUCAGUUAAUAGACAGCCAUACAUACCCCGGGCGUAAUAAUCUUCUCCUCAAGCUUUCUCAGCAUACAGUUGAUGCCUAUAUCAAGAAAAAUUACCAUGCAUUAUUGUCCGAGUUAUCACCAGAUUAUGUGGUAUUCCUAGGUGACUUGUUAGAUAACGGACGUGAAAGCACAGACACAUAUUUUUAUACACAGUUAAGACGAUUUAACAAAAUUUUUUAUGAUCCUUAUAAAAGUGUAUAUCAAAAGGGAAUUAACUGGUUUGUUAACUUACCUGGUAAUCAUGAUAUUGGAUUUGGGGAUGGGGUUAACAAAUAUUCCAGAGAAAGAUUUAAUAGAGAAUUUGCUCCAAGUAAUAUUAUAAUUACUUUAGACGGGGUUGACUUCGUUAUGCUUGAUACACCUAGUAUUUCUGCAACUAGUGAUAUAUCGUAUCCGGCAACUCAAUUUUUGCAAGAAAUAUCAAGUCAAGAAAAGAAACAUCCUCGAGUUUUGCUCUCGCACGUCCCCUUAUUUAGAGAUCCGCAAUUGCUGUGUGGUAUUCAUAGAGAAGCUGGACCAUUUGACGUAUUUGGACAUGGUUUCCAAUACCAAAAUACAGUUUCAGAAGAGUUAACCAAUCAAAUAUUAGACCAGGUCAAACCAGAUAUGAUUCUUUCAGGCGAUGAUCACGAUCACUGUGACAUUCAACACAUAGAUGGAACUAGAGAAAUAACUGUCAAGUCAAUAAGUUUAGCCAUGGGAAAGAAGUAUCCAGCAGUACAAUUAUUAUCAUUUGCAUCAGUUGGUGCCACAGAAGAAAUUGUUUAUAACACUGAUAUUUGUUAUAUGCCUGUGCCAUACGUAAAUAUAAUCCAUUAUGUCAUCAUGUCAGUUAUAUCAGCAUUAUUAGUCCUUUGGUGGAACUUAAAACAAAAAUCAACUAGAUUUACUUAUUCUUCGUCACUACUUCCCCUCAAUUCCGUGAUUAACAUUCCAGUUGAAUCACAUUCACGAAGACUCAAGAAGUUCUUGAAAGAGCAAGAACAAGACAGUUUACCUAAUGAACAAACACCACCUUUGUCACCAUCAUCAUCAACAUACACUCUAGCUCUGGGACAACAUCUAUUCUCAAUUCCAAAUUAUACAUUCACCCAAAAUAAUUCAAGUUCAUUUAUGAAAUAUGUCAAGAAUUCCAAAGUAGGACAAACAUAUAUUAUGAAUCGAAGAAGAGUUUUCACCUUUAUGAAAAGAUGGAAUCUUUUUUCAUUCUUGAAGAAUUCAAUGAUGUUGGGUAUCUCUGUGAUUGGUGUGUAUUACAUUUUUUGUUUAACUAUAUAA